GUUGCACUACUGCGUCAACUAUUAUCGUCUGUCGACAAACAACAAAAGAGGCGCUUGGAAAAUUCGUAGAUUUGUAGUUUUUUUUAUAGAAUUCAAAGUUUUAAGGACAAAUAAAAAUGGGAAAAGCCGAAGUAGGAACUCCAAAAUGGAUAGGAAACAAAAUGAAGUCAAAAGGUUUGCAGAAAUUGCGCUGGUAUUGUCAAAUGUGUCAAAAACAAUGUCGAGAUGAAAACGGUUUCAAGUGUCACACAAGUUCUGAAUCCCAUCAGAGGCAACUUUUACUGUUUGCUGACAAUUCCCGCAAAUAUCUUGACGAAUUUUCCCACGAAUUUGAAAAAGACUUUCUAAAUCUGCUAAGGAGACAGUUUGGCACUAAAAGAGUUCAUGCCAAUGUGGUGUACCAAGAAUACAUUCGUGAUCGGAACCACACUCACAUGAAUGCAACACGAUGGACUUCGUUGACAGGCCUUUGUAAACACCUUAGUCGACAUGGCAAAGUAGUGGCUGAUGAAACAGAAAAAGGUUGGUUCAUCACAUAUAUUGACCGAGACCCAGAAACCAUUGCUAGAGCAGAGGCACUGGCUAAAAAACAAAAGAUGGACAAAGAUGAUCAAGAAAGAGUCUAUGACUUCAUUGAGAAGCAAGUCCAGAAAGGCAAAAAGGAAGGAGAUGAGGAAGAGGCUGUCUUCACUGAAUUUAAACGAGAAAAUCCAGAAGAAAAAAUUCAAAUUCAAUUAGGUUCAAAAAUCAAAAAGGAAGAAGUUCAGCUUGUGCCAUCAAGUAGCUUUGCAGACAAAAAGGAUGUAAAACCCGGUAAAUCCUCGGAUACCGAUGAUUCGACUUUCAAAAUGCCUUACAGUAAGGAUAUCAAAAAAGAGAAGACAACCGAAAAACGAAAACUUUCAGCGUUAGAUGAAAUUAUGAGGGAACAAGAAGCCUCCAAGGAAAAAUCUGGCAGAAAGGAUUAUUGGCUGACAGAAAACAUAGUAGUUAAAGUGGUUACCAAAUCGCUUGGUGACAAGUACUACAAAAAGAAGGGAUUCAUCAAGCAAGUUAUUGACAAGUAUGGGGCUAUGGUUACCAUGAUAGAUACUGGUCAUACAUUGAAACUUGACCAGUCACACCUAGAAACCGUUAUUCCAGCUGAAGGACGAAUAGUCAUGGUCGUUAACGGUGCUUACCGCGGCUACCGAGCCGUGCUAAAAAGCCUCGAUGCAAAACAUUUCUGUGUCACGAUAACAAUUGAUUCGGGGCCCGUCAAAGGACGAAUUGUGGAAGGCGUUCAAUAUGAAGACAUUUGUAAAAUCCACACCGAGUGACUUGACGCCAGAAUACACGAAAUGCUUUUUGUUA